CGAUGAUCAUCUUGACCAAAAGAUGCUAUAAAUCACAGGAUGACUUGACAUUUCAAAAAUGAGUGAUAAAAUGGAAAGUGGUCGAUCUCAAAUUGCAGAGAACUCGAACCGAUUCAACGGACCAAGCAUGUAUCCGUUCAUCGAGGGCAAUAGACCAAUGCCACCAGCUUCUCCUUAUCCUUUACUAGAACGAGGGGCAGGGAUAUACGAGGAAAUUCGUAGUGAUGCAGCAGGAUUGCCAAAUAUUACAAACGGUGGUCAGAAUACAUACGCUGGCGGACAGGAAGAGGAGCGGGAAGAGGAAAAUGAUUCAGGCAAGAAGAAACCAAAAAAGCGAAGAAGGGUGGUAGUGGCAUGCGAUACAUGUAGACGCAAGAAAGUCAAAUGUGAAGGAUUACCGAACCCGUCUAAUACCUGCAACAAUUGUGAAAAUAUGGGAUACACCUGCUCAUUUACAGUGGAGCCUGAUCGAAGCAGAGGUCGUUAUGAGAUAUUGGAAUCGCAAAAGGAUACCCUCUUAACAGCUUUACGAAGUGUUGCACCUGAAUUGGCUUCGCAAUUCGAACGUGGAGACCUACACAUCACCAGUCCGAUGGGGAGCAAAGGAGAUAAUAAUGGAGAGGCAGCCCGUAAAGAGAACGAGAAAGCGUCUACAUCCGAGAGCAAAGCUCAAGAUGAUCAUUUCGCACAUUCGGUAUCUGAAUCUUCCCGCACCGAACAUAAUCCAAUGGUGCCCGAUUUGGAAGACGGAAGGCCACGUUACUUUGGCGGAAGUAGUACUUUUGGCAAUAUCUCAGGUCUUGAUUCACGACCGACCAGUCCUUCCUCCCAGAAUAGAAGGCCACUACAGGAGCCGGGCAGCUCCACACAAGCAACGCAAUCCGUACAUCCGCUCGAAGCGAAACGACCUAGAAGCUCUUCGGUCAGUGCAACAAAGAACAACUUUUCUGUAUUGCCUUCGCCAAUGCCACAAUUCCCUCGUAAUUCGAUAGGAUGGGUACGAGAACUUCGAAGGAAGACGCUGGUGGCUGUCGGUAGGGACGACGUCUACGCUAGCGAUGGCUGGUUUCAAAGAUUUCACUUUCCGUCAACAGAAUUGCUGAACGAAUUGUUCGACUAUUAUUUCCGAUGGCUACAUCCACUCCUUCCAAUACUUCAUGAGGUUUCAUUACGACGUGAUCUGCAAAAUGGUCGCGCUGAUAGGGAUUCAGCAUUUCGAGGCUUGAUAUUCACCGUAUUGGCCAUCUCCAGUCGCUUCUUCAAAGAUGAUCCACGUGUGUUGGCUGAUCCCAAAGACCCGGAAAGUGCAGGAGAUCAUUGGUCAUCAGCAUCAAGAUUUUAUCAUCAAGUUUACGCUGCAAGUUUGAUCAAUGUGCAGGUCCUCAUCUUGUCAAGCGCAUUCAUGCCUGCCAGUCUAGGUGUUGGUACCAGUUGGACUGUUUUGGGAGCAGCAAUCAGAGCAAUUUUUGAUAUUGGAUUGCACACCGAAAAGGCAUACGUUGGCUAUACACCCUUUGAGCAAGAGCGAAGACGGAGAACAUUCUGGGCAGCAUUUGCAUUGGAUUCGAUCUUGUGCCUGAACAUGGGAAGACCAUUCGGGAUUCGAUUGGAAGAUUGUUCGGUGAGAUAUCCACUCAUGUGUAGUGAGGAGGCUCUAAGUGAAGCUGAACGGACAGGUGGUCGAAUUGAGGAAAUGCGGAUAGAUGACACAACGCCAUCUUUUAUGGGCGGAUACGUUCAUCUAAUCAAGGGCGGCAUCCUCAUUCGCCAGGUGAUAGCGUCCAUAUACCAACCCGCGAAAACUGCAGGUACAUACAACGGAUCCGCAUCGUCACCAAGCUACAAGGAUAUGACGAUAAUGUGUAAAAAGAUCGACGAAUGGAUUGUUGAAUUCCCGCCUUACUUGGAUGACGUGAAGACGACUCCGUAUCCGAUUCUGUGUGCAUUCCUGCAAUCUGGAAAGACUAAUUUGCGUCUGUAUACCCUCAAACCGUUCAUCUAUGACGUCCGUGCAACAGGUCUGCCUUCUAAUGACGAUUCCAUUCUACGAAAGAUGUUGUUGCCCCAAUGUGCAAACCAUGCUCGUGGUACCCUUCGAACUUUGCGGGAUUUGCAACAGAUUCGAGGUAUUUCAAUCUCUUACUUUUUCCUACAUCAGAGCUUUUUGAGCGCUUCAACAUUCAUUCUUACUAUUUGGCAUGGUACAAAUGACAAGGGAACGCUUUUGGAAGAUAGCGAUAUUAUUGAAUUUUCAUUGGAAGUGUACAAUCAGCAAAGCCGAUUUGCAAGUGUUUUGGUCCAACGGGCUCAUAGGAUACUACGAAAUAUUGCUCUAAGAUGCUUGCCACUUCUUAAAGAUGAAGACAGGCGAAGGAAGAUGCAAGAAAUGUUGCGUCAGAGUGGCGUGCUUGGAGGUGGUAUUGCACCUGCUACAUUAAACGCAAUCGGUCAAGGUGGGCUGGACAAUGGACCGAGGAGUGCAAACCGAUUCCGUUCUGAGACGAGUACGACGGAUGGAGGCUAUCAAAAUCCGUCGACUAAUUCGCCCUUGUCCAGUGGUCAGCAACCAGCUUCUAUUCAGCCGUACAAUGCGCAACAUGCCGCCCAUCAAGCCAGUUCUGCUGUUCCGAUCGGCCAACAAUCAACAUUCAAGAGACUACCAUCACGUACUGAUUCUGACCGUGGCCGUUCAAGUAUGUCGCACGUCAUCAGUGGCGAUCAAAUGGUACCACAACAGCAUUCUCCUGCGACUGGCCAACAUACACAUUUAUGGAACCGGAUGAGUGCUGGAGAAAGAAGUGGUGGAAUAGGAAUAAGUAGCCAUGAAUUCAAUCCAUCAUCCCCUCACUCCUCCUCUCCUUUACGACCUCAGCAUGCACCUUCACUCGAUGUGAUCAGCGGCAAUACACCGAUCAAUAUGGAAGAUUUCCGACCGCAGUUGCUUGAUGAUCUCGGUACGGGAAUGCAAGGCUUCCAAUUCACUGGUGAUCUUUCAUGGACCGAUUAUUUCGAUCGAUUCUUGGGCGGUCUUCCGGAUCCUUCUAUUGGAAGAUCAGCAAGCGUUGGUGGAUCGCCUAGCAAUUCUACUGGCUUGAUGAAUCCUUUUUCGUUAAAUGAUCGAUAAUCUUAUGCUUUUUGCUUAUAUGCUCUCUACUGUAUUUUAUAUUUUCGUUGCUCUUGAUUAGCAUGUGUUUACAA